CGCCGAACGAUAUAAGAGCCUGAAACGGAGCCGUUCAAGCAGCAGUGACAGAAAAAUUGCCGUCAUGUUCGGCCUGAAGUUGUUGUUUUGUCUUCUGGUACAGGGCCUUGCCCCAUCCUCUUCGGUGAAAGCUGGUCCCGUGGAGGUAACUCUCGACUCGCACCCACUAGAGGUCCGCGGCUCGUACAACCGUCCCGUGCUGGGGUGCAGUAGCGAUGUCCAGACACUGGAGCCGGGCGCCUACAUCAUCCACUCGCCCAACUUCGACCGGCACAACCCGCAAAACUACACCAACGACUACACCUGCACCUACCAGCUACGAUUAAAACCACGGGAUUCUCCGUUUCGACUGUUUCGACUUUCAGCUUGA